GAGACCGCGUGAGCGCUCGGCUGGCGUGUGUUUUAGUUUUAAACAAUGUAACUUUUAUUUGGAAAUUACCUAAGUGCAGUUUUAGUUGUGUUAUGUUAAAGCUGACGGUUUGGUGUUUGUGUAAAUUCUGAAUAUGUGUUUACUUUCGUCGAAUAACAGGUGAUUAUGUGAUGUGCUCUGUGUUGGUGGAGAGGGAGCGUUGGUUAUAGUUAGUGCCUUUGAGGAUUAGUUACAGUGCAUGGAUGCUCCGACUUAAAUCCCAUGUUUCAUUCGUUUAUAGUGGUUGAAAUCGUUCAGACGCAAAAGAAUAUAAAAAAAUGAGGUGGUGUGGCAGUACUGAGUUGUACAGACUGCAGCGCCAGCAGUACUGCUUCGAGCGACAUCACCGAACCCGGGUCUCCCUUCAGCACAGCGUCGAGUCAUUCCGAGGACUCCGGCCCGCAACCAGCUAAGAUGCCCCCCACGCCAACUGCACAUCAUCCCCCUUGGCCGUGGACCGCCGACGAGGCCCCCUCCUGCAAGCGGGUCGCCCCGCAAGACAGAGCCGCCACUCACCCGAAAGACACUGCAUUCUGCAAACGCCCCGUAGAAGAACCCCCCGUGUUAUGCGAUCGGAUCGAACUCUCAGAGGAACCCCCUUGCAAGAGGGCCAACAUUCGGGAAAAAUCUGUCGCCCUCAAAAAGAAACAAACGCCGAUAUGCCUGAGCGCCUCGAAGGCGCGUCCGCAACAUUUCGUCAAGAUCGUUCCAUCCUCAGCUAGUCCGGUUAAUUACCUCAAGGUUAGGAAGUGCGAGGCGGCGAAACUGCAGCAAGGGAAGAUCACGGAGUAUUUCAAAUCGGAAGUCAAAUCGAAAGGUAUUAAAAAAGAUCUCUUCAACUUCGUAAAGCAAGCCGAGAUGAAGCGAAAAGUUUCCCUAGUCGAUCAACAAACACAAUUCAACAGCCUCAAAAUGCAAAACACCCGCAAGGAAGCGAAGAAAACGCCCAGUACGCGCAAAGGUGUGCAAUCGAAACCGAAGAAACUCGCUCCAGUAACAGUUCCUAGAAAAAUUCUGCCAGCCCCUAGUAACAUGUCGGACAAAAUGAGCAUAAGCGAACAGCUGAACAACAUAGCCAAGUUUACGCCUACCGUGACCCUGACGGCGCUGAGCUUUCCUCCCAACUAUACGUAUCUGCACACGAAGGCCACCAAGCCGCCGGAUGCUCCUAUAUUCGUCCCGCAGUUUGCGACCAUAGCUAAUGAUAAGCUGCCUUUGCCGAUGAUCAACCGAACUCCUUGCUUGAAUGUGAUCCAGCCGGUGCAGAAGAUCGCCACCAUCAACAAUUUCAAUUGUGUCAAAUUAAAUGCAACGGUAGUGCCUAUCGUCAAAGUCAACACGCUGCCUUCGCGUCUUAACGGGUCCGCCAAUCUAUCGAAUAGUGCAACACCACCGAACCUACCUAACGUAAUACCGAAUGUAGCCUUAAGCUUGGAAACGGCCGUACCAACAGUGCUCUCGGCCAAGCCGAAGUUAAACGAAAGCAAUAUAACGCCAAACCUCUUCUUAACACCAAAGCAUCACAGUACUCCGAACGGGGGCGAAACCCCUUUGGAAAAUGUGAAGAACAAGUGCAGAACCGAGGAGAGUUCGCGGACUGAGGAACCGCAUCGGACGGAGGAGCGACAAGAGAUCUUCCGGACAGACGAUCCGUCGCCCACUCCAACCGAUUCCGACAGUGGAAUAUCGAGCGAAGUAUCGAACAAAGAGUGCUUCGAGUUGUUGGAAGUUAGUGUGAGUGAAUCUGUGACUGUAGAACAGCAGAAGUCGCCGAUACUGUCGAAACCGAAGACGAUUCGGUUUCCGGUCAAACGGAAUGAGAAGGUGGAUGGAAAGUCGACCCAGCAUUCAGCUGACGGGCAGUGUAGAUGGGCCGAGUGUAGUUCUCGCUUUGAAACCAGUGGGGCCUUAUUAGAACAUCUACAGGUUAAACAUGUGAUAUCUCAAGCAAGCCAGGAGCAUUACGUAUGCUUGUGGUUAGGCUGUAAAGUUCAUGGAAGAACUUCUUGCUCAAGGACGUGGCUGGAGAGGCAUGUUCUCGCUCAUGCUGGGACGAAACCUUUCCGGUGUAUUGUCGAAGGAUGCGGCCAAAGAUUUAACUCGCAGUUGAUGUUGGAGAGGCAUGUGAAUGGUCACUUCAACUCUGAUGGUAGUCCAAACAACAACACAGCAAAGAAAUCACCAGAAAAUGGUCCUUGCAAGCUGUUCAAGAGGAACGGGAAACGAAUAAGGUUUAGAAGGCAGCCAUGGUCAGCUCGUAUGUUCGAUUUCAUUGAUGCGGGAGUCAUGGAAGGUCUGCAGCACAAACUUUUAAUUCUUACCCAGAAAAGAACUUUGGGAAAAGCUAGCGAUGCAGGCAACACAGUCCAUUUGAAAAGCCAAAUAUUAGCGAGACGAGUCGAAAAUGAUGGUAGCACAAAAUUGCUUCUCAGAUGGCAUCCUACUGAUGUUGUUCCAGAUGAAUGGGUGCCUGAGAAAGAGUACAAACCAACUAGAAUAGUGUCGAUCCCCCAUUUGGAUCCGUCGUCAAAAAAUGCUCUCAAACCUUCGUUGUUUCCCUCGAAACAGCCUCCAAGACAAAAGCAUCGUCGUAAGCCCAUGUCAAAGCAAACGUGAUAAAAUGUUGUUAUUUAAAAUAAUAUUUAUAAUAUUUUUGAGCCUUUGUAUAAAAAAACAAACACCAGUAAUGUGUUUAAAUGGUCAAGAAGAUGAACUGUACUGAAUAAAAUGUACUGAAUUAAACCAUAUAAAAACUAGGGAGCAACAUGUGAUAUUUGAUAUAAAAAAAUCAAGUUAACGGAUGUAUAACUCUUAAACUUUGUCAGUUAUUAUCGAUUACGCACAAGUAGUUGAAUCUGAAUAAUCAUAAUGCCGAGGUUAGAAAGGAAGAGUAGAAUUAUUUGAGAGUCAUCUAUUGAUUUUCAGUGAUAUCUCAUAACAUCUUCGUCAACUAAACAUUAGUGUUAAUUCCGAAUGCAAGGUACAAAAUUUCAUUCAGAACCUAAUCUGUUGGACUAUUUCUUAUACUUCCACACUUUUUUCUGAAAAAGUUUUAGUUAUGACCGUGCCCAAGUCUUCUUUAUCAAGUUUUUAUAUGGUAUGACAAAAAUGGAUCUCGUUGCAAAGGUUCGAUUACCUUAAUCAAUUGUAUAAUAUGGAUCAUGGAUGUGUAUAAUUUCGUGAAGAGUCUUUCACUGUGUACAGUAGGUUAUGUAAAUGUAUAGUUAUUGUAAGGAAAUAUGAAAUUGUGGAGAGAAACUGUGUGGUUUUGACCAUUUAGCAACCAGCAUGAAAUCACUGCCAUUAUUAAAUCUGGUUGAAUAGUUGGUAAAAACUUCUACCUAGAUUAGGAUAGUAUAAUAAUCAAAAAAUUUGGAUUCAUCAACCAAUUCUAUAUAGGAAAUUAGCCUAGUCAAAGGAAAAGUGGACCUCAGUAACUAUUGGAUUUGAAUGUUAUACUUGGCAAAGAAAUUAUUUGACAUUCUGCAUAUUUUUAUUUCACUCAUUUUAUUAUUUAUUGUUAUUUGUUGUCAUGGAAACGUGCAAAUGGUUCUUGGACAUCCAGUGGCAAAUUCCACUUUUCUUAAUACUUUUUUUUUCAAACCUGUUUUUCGAAA